GGCCGCCGGCACAGCCCUGGAGUUGUCGUGAGGAACCGGCGCCCUUGGCCGACGACGUCUGGGGUCACUGCCUCCUGGGAGCCUCGCGCACGGGCUGGGAUUUGCCUGCCAUCCGGCCAUGGGCCGCCCCGACACCUGCCGGGCCUGUGCUGGACGCUGACCUCCGUCUAUGAGCCCUCGGCGGGGCUCGCCGGCCAGCCCUUCGCCUCUGCUGGGUCCCCGGCCCCCCAGGUCCGGCCGUCCUGCCUGCAGCGGGCGUCCCAGUGUCGCUCACUCGGACUCGCGUCUCGCCGGCGCCUGCUGAUGUCGCAGUGAACAAUGCCGGGGCCCACGGGACGGUCGUGGCGUGCCCUGCGCUGCCCCCCGGUCUGCGUCCUGCUGCUGGGGCUCGCGGCCCUGGCCCUGAGGGUCGCGCCCGUGCACGGGCAGGCCCAGCACCCCGUGGUCAACACCAACUACGGCAAAAUCCGCGGCCUAAGAACACCCUUGCCCAAUGAGAUUUUGGGCCCCGUGGAGCAGUACCUGGGGGUCCCGUACGCCUCGCCUCCCACGGGCGAGAGGAGGUUCCAGCCCCCCGAGCCGCCCUCCUCCUGGACCGGGGUGCGCAACGCCACCCAGUUCGCCGCCGUGUGCCCCCAGCACCUGGACGAGCGGUCGCUGCUGCACGACAUGCUCCCCGUCUGGUUCACGGCCAACCUGGAUACGCUGAUGACCUACGUGCAAGACCAGAACGAGGACUGCCUGUAUCUCAACAUCUACGUGCCCACGGAGGACGGUGAGUGCCGGGAGGGGGCGGAAACGUGCCGUGCUGGCUCGUCUCGGGCGGGGCGGCGGGGGCUGCCCCCACCCCUGCCCCCCUCACCCAUGCAUUUCUUCUCGAGUUUGGAAUACAGCUCUGGAGUCGCUUUGAGUCUGUGUCAUGGUGCUUCUUGA